AUGCAGCUCCUGCGACAAGGGUCCCUGUGGACCCUGACACUGUUCGCUGGUUUGGCGCUCGCUCACGGUGGCCAUGAAGCUGUUCCCGAGGGCUCCGCGGUCUCCGAGGACCCCAUAGAUUCCACUCUUUGGACACACAUGAUUUUGAUGGGCUUCGCUUUUGGAAUCAUUUUUCCGUUGGGCAUGGUUCUUGGUAUCGUCCGCUCCCGCUGGCAUGUACCAGUCCAAAUUGUCGGAACUGUUAUUGCCGUUCUCGCCUACUUCCUCGGCCACGCCCACAAGGGCCGCCAGUUUGGCAAGAACCUCCACGCCUCAUUCGCAAACUGGCUGAUGUUGCUGCUGGUGGUUCAGGUCGUGCUAGGAUUCUAUUUGAAACUUCAUUUGGAGAAGGCUGGUCAGGCUCGCAUUCGAUGGAUCUUUGUCUUGGCCCAUGGGAUUGUCGGCAAGAUCAUGCCUGUCAUCAGCUGGGCUCAGAUGCUGUUUGGUGGGAUUGCAGCCCUGGGCUUCUGCCAGGGUGACCACCUUGGACAGUGUCUAGCUCACUUCAUUAUGGGGAGCGCAUUCAUUGGCUACGGUAUCUGUCUCACAAUUCUCUUGCUAGUCGGCCAGUACUGGCUGCGCCGCACUGGCCGCAGCCAGGAGUUCUUCGAUUCUCUGAUCAUCGCUGCAUGGGGCUGUGUGAACACUUUCACCGAGCAUCGCUGGGGUGGACCUUGGGUCCACAAUGAUCUCCAGCAUACCACAAUGGGCAUUGUCUGGUGGUGCGCUGGCCUUCUCGGUAUGUGGCUCAGCCGUAACCGCAACGGCCGCCCUAAGCGGAACCUGAUUCCUGCUAUUGUUAUUUUGAUAACUGGUUAUGCCAUGUCUGCCCACGCGCAGACUCUCAUGAUCAGUACUAUGAUCCACUCCAUCUUUGGUUAUACUCUGAUGGCUGCUGGUCUGACUCGGAUUAUUGAGAUCUCCUUUGUGCUGCGUGACCAGAGUGCCAUCAGCAUGAGCGGCUCUGAUCCCAACAGUUUCCAGUAUCUCCCUCCAUUCCUGCUGUAUGCCUCAGGCUUCCUGUUCAUGGGUGCUACCGAGGAGCAGAUGCAACUGUUGAGCGAUGCUGGCAUCACGCACGUCUCAUACGUGCUGAUAUUGUACAGCAUUGCCUUUAUUCUCUUCCUCUUUGUGAAUGUUCUUCUCCACAUCUACGCGGUCCACGCUUGGCCGGAGUCCGACGACUCGGCUGAUACCCAAGAAGGCGGCCCUAAGUAUACCAAUGCCAACGGUAGCUACAUGAAUGGACGUGCACGCUCUAACUCUGAGGCCCAGCGUAUCUCUGAUGCUGAGGCCUUUGAGCUCCAAGGGUUGAUUAGCGAAGACGAGGAGGAAGCCGGGUCCUCGAUGGGUCCUAAAAAGACGACCGACGAAGAGAUGGCCACGAAGAAAACCUCUCGUGAUUAA